AAAUACAUUAGGUUAAUCAAAAAAUGUACAAUCUUGACUCGUUUAUCUCAAUUCUUCGAAAAAGAAAUUCACUUCGCCUCAAUUAAGCUUUGUUAAGGCUCAUGUUUUUUUUUGCGCUCGAUAUCAAUCGAAUUCCAGCUCCAACUGGUUCCACUUCCUGGCAACUAUUGACUUGACAUAAUAAUUUAAACUGACGUCAUACGGUGAUUGCUUCAGCUUCAACACUUUAGUGCACUACUUUCCAGACAUGAUUCACUUCGUGAGAACUUAACUUUUCCGCAAUUGCUCGCAAAAGUUGUCAACUCAUCACCGAGUGGCGCUUUUUCUGGAUGGUGGUGACGUUUCACACGCGCUUCUAGUCUAGUCUAGUGUACCUUCAAAUGCAAAAUACCGAUGCAAUUGCACAACUGCAGAAGCUUCUAAUCAGUGACGUACGCAACUCGUCAGCCGGGCUGCCCUCCGUGACAUCAUGGCCGAGUCAAUGUCACUCCGGGCGCUAGGAUUAGUUAUCAACUGUGUGUUGUGCACCGUGGUUGGUCCCGUGAACGGAUGAUCUGAUAUUAGGUGCAGAUAAGAACCUCCCGAUUUUAUCGAAUUCAAUGGGUUGAUGUUAAACCGAGAGUUAUGAAACUUUCCAUUUCAGCUUCAAGUUUGAAGAUAGCAGGUUGUGUGAUUUUUUUUUCGGUGUGUCAGUUUUGCAGAAAGGGGGUUUUUGGAUUUACUUUGGGAAACUGGACCGAUCCUCUGAAAUCUGCAUCUUCCCAAGAGUGAUCUGAAAAAGGCUAAUAAGAAGUUUUGGCGCAAUUCAAAGAACUUGAUGCUGCCUCUGUUUGAAUCCUAAAUGUAGUUCGGCAGAAGCAGCUUGAAGAAUCAACGGCAAAAUGUCUCAUCACAUAGGGAAAUCAAUUGUGAUACUCGUAAUAGCUAGUAUUUUGUCCUUAGUCACAGUCAAUGGGCAGACCACGAUCGGCGCUACUGUAGUGCUGGAUCCACAGGAUGCUACGAUCCUGGUGGAGGAAACCAAAGUCAUCGAGGUGAAGUUCCGAGGUCGGUUAACGCAGAGCAUUCUGUUCAAUUUCUCCGCCGAACAUGAGGAGUUCGUCAAGGUUACGCCCUCCUCCGUAACGGUCGAGCCUCCUUCGGAUGGAUUCAUCGAUCGGGCCGUGCAAGUCACGGUAGCGGCGAUCUCCCCAGGUCAAUUCGACCUGGUCGGGCGCGUCCUGCCGGCGGGGUUAAUCGACGACGCGAAGGCCUUCAUUCGCAUUACCAUCGCCAACUCGGGCACGCUGAUCUACGUGGCGAUCGUGAUCGGUUGGAUCUACUUUGUAGCGUGGACCGUCUCGUUCUGGCCUCAGAUGAUCAUUAAUUUCAGGCGAAAGAGUGUGGUCGGACUGUCGUUUGACUUUUUGGCGCUGAACCUGCUGGGGCACACGCUGUACUGUAUCUUCAACUGCUCGAUGUACUGGAACGACCACAUCGAGCAGGAGUACUUCAACCGGAACCCACGCGGGCUAAAUCCGGUGAUCGCCAACGAUGUGGCGUUCUCGUUACACGCCUCACUGGCCACAUUACUCACGGUGGUGCAGUGCUUCAUCUACGAGCGCGGGGAACAACGGGUAUCGUACACCGCCCAGGGAAUCCUGGGAAUCUUCGCUACGGUGAUCGUCGUGGCAGGAAUUCUCGUUGGAACGAGCACGUGGCACUGGCUGGAUUUCCUGUACACGCUCAGCUACAUUAAGCUCGCGAUCACGCUGAUCAAGUACGUACCGCAGGCGGUACUGAACUUCAGGCGGAAGAGCACGGUCGGGUGGAGCAUUGAGAACAUCUUGCUCGACUUUACCGGCGGUACGUUGAGCAUGCUGCAGAUGCUGCUCAACGCGUACAACUAUGACGAUUGGGCGUCCAUCUUUGGUGAUCCGACCAAGUUCGGCCUGGGACUGUUCUCGGUCCUGUUCGACAUUGUGUUUAUCGUGCAGCAUUACGUGUUGUACAAACGAACCGAUUACAUCGAGCUGCCGGAGGAGAACAGUGCCGGGGCUGAUCCUGGCACCAGUCAUCUGCCCAUAUCACCGGACCCGGUUAGCGAAAGCCAAGAGGCACCACUAGCAUAAGCACAAUUUAGUAUCCAGCUCUUUACAACACACGCUAAAACAAUUGUGUCUGAUAGAUUAACCUAUAGGUAUAAAAAGUAAUCAAUCGCAAAAAGGCUGAUAUUUUUGUAACCAACUUUCAUCCUGUCCAGUCCGAAUCAGUCCAUCACAUUGAGCUUUAAGCAGAACUGUAUUUAAUAAAAUGCUGUGUAGUUAAUUGAUCUCAA